ACAUUGUUGAGCUUACUGAGAAGACCUGCAUAUCGCUGCGUGGCUGGCCUUGAGAUUUCCGACGAUGACUAUCCAAUCGCAUUGGAACUAUUAAAAACCAGAUUUGGCAAAACGCAACAAAUUCAAAGUUCUCUUCAUUCGAAGCUGAACAAUUUAUGUCCGGCAGGAGAAGACACUCAAAGCCAGCGACGAACUCUUGAGGAAGUUGAAAAGUGCUGUCGACAACUGGAGGCAUUGGGUGAGAAUAUCGAAAAUACCCAGAUCGCGCUCUUGAUUGUCAGUAAAUUUCCAGAAAGUAUUGUGCUCAAACUACAUUCCGACCAGAGCGUCAGCGAACCAUGGCGCGUAAACGAAAUAAGAAAGCGUCUAGAAGAAAUAAUCGCCCACAAGGAAGAGGUACAACUAUUCAUUAAGAAUCUAUCUUCUAAACGACUGAAUAAUGAUGAAGUAACAGCAGCGAAAACAUUCGCUGCUAUUCGGCCACCAUCAUUUAAAGGAACUAAACCCACAUUAUUCAAAUAA